GGGGGCGGGGCGGGGCAUGAGGAGCAGAGAGAGGGAGAGAAAUCCUGGAGGCCUCUCAGGGAAGCGGCGAGUCCGCCGACGCCUCCCGCCCAGUUCCCCUCAGUCAAGCGAGGCUGGCGGGGGGCGGGCGGGAAACGGACGCGUAGCGGCGCUGCUCCCGUAAAGCAGCGCGAGAUCCUCGUCACCUUCCUCAGGUGCGCUGACCCGGCAGCCAGAAGCGGCGUCCUCCCAGGGCGCGUGCGCGUGCGUCUCGUCAGUAUGAUUUGAAACAGUGACCAUGGAUUUUUCACGUCUUCACACGUAUACCCCUCCCCAAUGCGUGCCAGAGAACACUGGCUAUACUUAUGCACUCAGUUCAAGCUACUCAUCAACUGCUCUAGAUUUUGAGACUGAACACAAACUGGACCCUGUGUUUGACUCCCCAAGAAUGUCAAGGCGCAGCUUACGUUUGUCUGCUGUAACAUAUAACACACCUGAGGAUUCACACAAUGAAGGCAUCUUUGGUGAUGGCAGCGGCUCCUAUGGUGGGAAAAAGGCAUUUGCAGACCAGUCAACUAAGUUUGUAAAGCAGCGUAAAAGUGUGGUGAAACAGUCUGGCUCUGUAAGACAUACCCCAAGAAAAAGUGUGCCCAGCUCUUCCAGUUUUAGCCACAGUAGUUUCAGUAGCCACGCGAGUGAUGGAUCUUUAAUGUCAACCAUAUUGGAUGAGUCUUCAAUACAGGAGCAGACAGCUGUUGACCAUUUUUGGGGUCUUGAUGAUGAUGGUGAUCUCAAAGGUGGAGACACUACAGUGGUUCAGGGCAAUGGUGACUUAGCAACAGCUGAGAACCAGACAACACUGAGCAAUGGGUAUACCUGCAGUGACUGCAGCAUGCUUUCUGAGCGGAAGGAGGUCCUCACAGCAUACUCGGCUGCUCGCAUGCCAUCCUCAAGAAUUUACUCCAGGGAUCGAAGCCAAAAACACAAGUCUAGGGGCCUCCCUUUCUACACAAAUCAGAUUCUGCGAGCAGCCAAGUAUACCACAACAUCUUUUUCAUCACUCAUAGUGCAGUUAUUUCAAAUGAUCUUGCUGAAGCUGGGCUAUGACUGUAAAGCUCACUCUAGCUACUGUGGAAGCAUGAAUGUAAAAGAAUUUCUCAGGGAAGAUGGCCACCUGGGUAUGAAUGGAGAAUCAAUGUGUGAUGACUGUAAGGGGAAGAAACACCUUGAAACACACACAACAGCCCACAUGCAAUCCUCAAGGUCUAAAAGAGUAGCAAGGACCAUUUGGCACAUCUUUUCUUACACAGGUUACUUCUUGCUACAUAUGUUACAAAGAAUGGGAACAGCAGGAUGGUUUGUGUCCAGGAAGAUUAUGUCACUCCUUUGGCUAGCUGUUGUGUCUCCAGGGAAGGCAGCUGCAGGAGUGUUCUGGUGGCUUGGGACUGGAUGGUAUCAACUUGUUACUCUGAUUUCUUUGCUGAAUGUGUUCCUUCUUACAAGAUGCCUUCCAAAGAUAUUCAGACUGCUGCUGUUUCUCCUCCCGCUAUUGCUGUUGCUAGGAUUAUGGCACUGGGGUACUGAAGGUUUCCUUUCGUUAUUGCCAGCUUUGAAUUGGACGGGCAUACACAGAAUACACAGCUGGGAAGAUUCUGCAAAUAUCAUUGAGCCUCAGCCCGAUGACUCUUAUGCUCUUCCAUACCCCGAUGAAACUAUGAAGGUAUUUGAUGCAGAUCGUGUGAUAGAGCUGGAAAAGAAAAUGGCCUUUAUGUCUAAGAGAUGGCAUCAUCGGGAUGAAGAAUAUAGUAAAAUGCUACUUCUCCUGCAAAGCCUUCAAGAUCAAGUUACCCAGAUGAAUGACAAAAGUGAAAUGCUGACACUCAUUAAAAAUGUGGUGGGCCAGCAUAUUAAAGAAAUGAAACCUGAUGAAACGCUACACCCAGCGCGUGACUUUCUGACCUUGCACCAAGAACAUGAAUGGCGCAUUGUAGCUUUAGAAGAUCUCCUUGCAAAACUCUCAGAAAAAUCAGAGGGCCUUCAAAAGGAACUUGAGCUAACCAAAGCACAAAGAAUGAGUGACACUGAUGAACAAAAUAAGCAUCUGUUAUCCAAGAUUAAACACCUAGAACUUGAGUUAGGUCGCAUGAAAUCAGACCUGCUAAGUUCACAGGGUUUGAAAACUUGCUGUGACAGAAUGGAUGCCCUUCAUGAAAAGGUAGAUGCCCAAGUUAAAGAAUCAGUCAAGAUCAUGCUUUUUGGCAACCAACAAGGAGACUUGCCAGAAUCACUGCUUCAGUGGCUAACAUCCAAAUUUGUGAGCAAGAGUGACUUGCAAAAUUUGUUACAAGAUCUGGAGUUGCAGAUCCUCAAGAACAUAACUCUCCACAUGUCUGUCGCAAAUACAAAGUCAACUUCAGAGGUAGUAACGAGCGUUGUGAAUGAGGCUGGGAUUUCAGGCAUCACAGAAGCGCAAGCACGCAUUAUUGUCAACAACGCACUGAAGCUCUUUUCACAAGACAAGACUGGCAUGGUUGACUUUGCCUUGGAAUCUGGAGGUGGCAGUAUUUUGAGUACUCGCUGUUCAGAGACGUACGAAACCAAAACAGCUCUAAUUAGUCUCUUUGGAAUUCCUUUGUGGUACUUCUCUCAAUCUCCUCGCGUAGUGAUCCAGCCUGACAUGUAUCCUGGAAACUGCUGGGCUUUCAAAGGAUCACAGGGAUAUCUGGUUGUCAGGCUUUCCAUGAUGAUCUAUCCUACAGCCUUCACCCUGGAACACAUACCAAAAACACUUUCACCAACAGGCAAUAUUACCAGUGCUCCAAAGGAUUUUUCAGUAUAUGGUCUUGAAAGUGAGUAUGAACAAGAGGGCGUACUUCUUGGGCAGUAUAUUUAUGAUCAAGAUGGAGAGCCAUUACAGAUGUUUCAAGUAACGGAGACAACUGAAAAACCAUUCCAGAUAGUGGAGCUAAGAAUUUUUUCUAACUGGGGCCAUACAGAGUACACUUGCCUCUAUCGGUUUAGAGUGCAUGGGAGACCUGCUGAAUGAAUCCUAUGUACCCUUUCCUACUUCUUGGUGUAUAUUUUUUCUGUUUAUAUGUAUAUAAAGGGAAAGCCUGGAACACUGGAAUUCUUAAAAGAUACGUGAUGGGCUGCAGGUUCCAAGUUCUUGGCUAAGUAUAGAAGACUGCCAACAGAAUUGUAUAUCAAACCAAAUGGUUAUUUGCUCGGAUGCUCAGCUUGUACCUUCCAGACAGCUUUAUAUUUUUAACGUGUUCAUUCUAAGAAAAAUAUUGCAUGCCAACCGCUCUCAUUUGCAAAACUCAGUUAACAAGCUAGUAAAUAUCUAUUUUAUUACUUUGCAAUAUAAGCUUUUUAAAACUUCUUUUUUUGGCAGCUAGGAAUCUGUUUUCAUUGCGGUGGCUCACCUUCCCCACGUAUAUGAUUUUUAAAAAACGACCGUGGAAGCAGUCUACCAUGUUCUGCAGUUAAAUAGUUUCCAGUCACUUUGACGGGGUUUGCAUGUGGUUCCAGCACAAGCCCUCUUUAAGGGAUGGAGACUGUGUGGCACCAGUAGUUGCUACAUUGCCUUUUGGCCACAACCUCCCAGACCUGGUGCCACUUCACAUACUUUAAAUUCUCAGCAGGAUUUGACACCAGUGUUGUGUUUUUGAGGGAAAGGUUCUGAUUUCAUCUGGAAUUGUCUAAGAACAUCUUGCUAAAAGACACAUUUGGUAAGAAUAUAUUGUUUUAAUGUUACAGAUAGGAAAGGAAUAGAGCCAGAAGUCUAUUCAGACUGGUAACCAAACUGGAAAAAGAAAAGAAAAAAGCAUCAUUAACAGGUGUUUUAAACAUAAAUGGGUUUAAAUUUUGAUUUUUUAACAACUUUCCUUUUAAGCAAGUUGAUGGUUACAGUAGCUAAUAGCAGUUGAAUGAAUUAGAAGGUUUCCAUGAGUGUUAAGUACAAAUUUGGCCAAGCUUUUGAGCGUAUUAUCAACAGAAGUAUAUGCUGAAUAAAGGAGGAAGAGGUCUCAUCAAUAAGAAAUGGCCUGAAAGAUGGGAAAUAAUAAGGAAGUGGAAGAAUUAAAAGGAUGAUGCCAGAAAUGCUAAACCUCAGAUGAGGCAACCUGCAACCAUGUUUCAUCCCUGGGGCUUAUUCACACAUUCUCUUUUGUGCAGUUAAAUAUCCCAAGCCUCACUGGGUAUUCUGGGGUUGCUGCUAAUCUCUGGAAAGCCAGAGGAAACUUCACAAGAUUGAAUGUUGUUGAAACCUCAGGGAAAAGUUUUGACAACACUUCUCCCAAAACAACUGUUUAAAAAAACACCCACACAAUAACAUGGUUAUGAACUUCAAGACAGAAAAUGAAGUUUUCCUAGAGCUCUUGUUACACAUGGAACUUGUUGCAUGCCCCGACAACUUGACAUCUUUUAAAUUGGAAUUAUUAUUAGAAAACUUCCUUAGAAAAAAGAUUCCUGAAAGUGGUGGUGUGUGAAAAUCUUACCUUACGUUUUGCUUUUUUGGAGAGUUUAUAAUAAUUGUUCUUUUGGGAACGACAAAAUGGAGAGUUAAUGUAUGUUGCACAAAGAGUCCUCAAAUAUUUAUAGAGAGUUUUAUUUCCAGAAGACCAUUUGCUCGCCUAAGUUCAGCUAGAAAUAGAACCAAUGGCCUAUUGAGAAGAGCUUGUUAAAACCUGUACAGCUGUUACAUAAACUGUAGGUUAAAUAUAUAAAUCAGAAUUAUCCUGUAUAAAUCCAAAUGGGGGAAGUUGACGGGGUGGGGAAUAUUUUGCAUAACACUAACUUAUUUUUUAAAGACGUGAGAUAGGACUUUGUGCAAUGUAUUUUUGUAAAUGCUUUUUUCAAAAUAUUUGUCUCUGGUAUCCUUUGCUGCCUCCAAACUGACAAGAAGCUAUUGAAAAUGUUUUAAGAGUUUAACUUUUGGAAAGUGCAUGUAAUAUUUGGAACUAAGUAAUAAAAGUUUUCUUUUUUUCCCC